CUUUUAGGAGCGUAUUUAAUGAAAAGUGCCAAAGACUGAAAAACCAAACAUGAGGGUAGCAGGUGCUGCAAAGCUGGUGGUAGCUGUGGCAGUAUUUUUACUGACGUUUUAUGUUAUUUCUCAAGUAUUUGAAAUAAAAAUGGAUGCAAGUUUAGGAAAUCUCUUUGCAAGGUCAGCGUUGGACACAGCUGCACGUUCUACAAAGCCUCCCAGAUACAAAUGUGGGAUCUCGAAAGCUUGCCCUGAGAAGCAUUUUGCUUUUAAAAUGGCAAGCGGAGCAGCCAAUGUGGUGGGACCCAAAAUCUGCCUGGAGGACAACGUUUUAAUGAGUGGUGUUAAGAAUAACGUUGGAAGAGGGAUCAAUGUUGCCCUGGUAAAUGGAAAAACAGGAGAAGUAUUAGACACUAAAUAUUUUGACAUGUGGGGAGGAGAUGUGGCCCCAUUUAUUGAGUUUCUGAAAUCCAUACAAGAUGGAACAAUCGUCUUAAUGGGAACAUAUGAUGAUGGAGCAACCAAACUCAACGACGAGGCGCGGCGGCUCAUUGCGGAGUUGGGGAGCACAUCUAUCACCAAUCUGGGCUUUAGAGACAACUGGGUCUUCUGUGGUGGCAAAGGCAUUAAAACAAAAAGUCCUUUUGAACAGCACAUAAAGAACAAUAAGGACACGAACAAGUAUGAAGGCUGGCCGGAGGUGGUAGAAAUGGAAGGAUGCAUCCCCCAGAAGCAAGACUGAUGGGGAGAAGAUUCAGGGGCACGCGCUGGCACUGGCACAGAGGACCACAGCAGAGAAGCUACAUGUACAUGUUUUCAGAGCAUGCAGCCAUCUCGGGGUGUGCACGAGCAUUCUCUUUUGAUACCAUGAUUAUUUAUUGCUAACGUAAAUAGAUAUCUGUAAAUAGUCAUCAGAAUGAGCAAAUCACUGUACCAUUUCUAAGCACAUUUCUCUAACAGUACAACGUUUAGCUGCUAUGGAAAUGACAUCUUUCAAUUCUAAAAGCAUACUCUCGAUAACUGAACUGAUUGUGAAAAAUAUAUUGAUAUAUAUACUGGUUGCUGUGAAAAUCUAUCAUGGAAUAAUAUGGAUUUCCGGGCGGAGACUUUGUUUUCUUUUAUAUAUAUGUAUACUGCUUUUUGAUAAUAGUAUCUUCUAGAUUCUAUCUCGCUAGUUGUUUGUGUAGUGUUACUUUAUAGUCUGACUCUCUUGAUGUACCUGUUUUCUUAGUCUUUCUCUUCCCUUCCCAAGAAACCUAGAAAUAAAAUGAUAGGAAAACUUAGAUAUGUGAAAAGCACAAUAAAAUUUUUUUUUUUAAUGUACACAGUAACAUAUAGAUAUAUAAAUGUAGAUGGUUUUCAGGACUAGCUUGAUGGAUUUUGUGUUAGUGAUGUGAAUAACUUGAUUUUGUAUAAGCUAUUUAGAGUGAGGGUGGAGGUGGCAACUCCACGGAAUUGGGGAUCCAGGCCACACCCCUUCCCCAACCUAACUGGGUCAUUCAGGACAGCAUGUCAGUGCGGUGAGAGCAGCACUGGCAUCUAUUUCUCCUUCCUUGUUAUCGGCAUUGACAAGGUGUUUUGGAAAGAGGCAUGCUUUAAUAUCACGAUAAUAUUGAUUUAUAAAUCAAGAUAUUAACUUUAUAUUUACCCUUUAACUUCAUAAUAACAGUUUUUGCCAGAUACAUAGCAACAUAUUUAGAAAAGACCUAAUUACUGAAUGGACUGAUAACAUUUACAAAAUAAUUUUAUUUGAUGCAAAAUUAUUCUACACCCAAUUCUAGAUAAAAAUAUAGAGAUCUAACUUUUUUGUUAACUUCAGAUGUUCACUAAUUGACUCAAGUUUUUUAUUUUGUUUAGGUUAUUAAAUACUAAUUGUGUAUGAAGUAUCUUAAACCGGGACAUAAAAUUAAUGCUUAAACUGCCAUUCACAAUAAAAGACAGCACUUAAAUUUGAAUCUAAAUUUCAGAUGACUUGUGUAAAAAAAACUAAAAGCAAUAUUUUUUAUUUUGCUGUCAACAAAGUUGGAAGCUGUUCAACUCUUUCUUAAACACUAACGAGGUUUGGGGUACUGUUUCUUCCUCAAACAAUGUAACUCAUGAAUAAAUGCACCUUACAAGUUCAACAACUUUUGUAAACUUUUCAGAUUUUGGUGCUUAUAUGCUAAAUCAUAUUUGGCAUGUAUACUCUGACAUUUAAAAGACUUCCCUGAAUUCUAUAAAAUUAAAAAAAUAGGUGUUUUACAGUUCCAGAGAUUGUGAAAUAUUGCACUUUUUAAAAGUUAUAAUGAAAAUAAGUACUCAUGGUUUUCCAUUGUGAAUUUUUUUGUAUUGUCUGGCAAAAUAAUAUACUUACAGAACUUCAUAGUAAGAUUUGCCAAGCAUUUAUUAUACUGCUUAACAUGCGAAAUUUACAUCAUUCCUGUAGUUAAACACACUAAUAUCUUAACAUGUAUAGAAUAUAAGGACUGAGGUAGCAGGACAUCCCCUUUAAGAUAAAGAGUACAAGAUGAUACCUAGCUUUGUAAAUGUGUAUAAAAUGUCGAAAAAAAGGGAUAAAAGUUGAUUAUGUAAUUGCUUUGAUACAGUUUGCUUUUGUUUUAAUUCUUUCUUGUAUAGAUUGUGCCAGCUUAACUUUGGAAGCAAUAAUUCUGCCACAUUUCAUUUUCAGAUGGCUUUUAAAAAUCAGCAUUGUAAAUGAAAUCAUGUUUAUUUAAUGUUAAGAAUUUUCUUCAUUAAAAUCAGAAAUUUGGCAUUGACGCUUUGGUAUUUGAAACUGUGCUUAAGGACUUAGGGACGCAUACUUUUUAUUUAUAAUCAUAGAUGAUUUCCCAGAGCAAAUAUAUUAUAAUAUGCCUGUUAAAACUAAACAAAGACAGUAGGAAAAUAUUAAGGUGUUUGAAAAAUUAAAGAAAAAUUGAUAGUCUUUA